AUGGAAAAAACGCCUCAGCUUACAAGGAAGAGGAAAAGCAGAAACAUUACAAAUUAUGAUCCGGUAAAGGAAUAUGUCCAUGAAUGUGGAAGUAGCACCUUUGUGGGUGAUGAGAAGAACAAGGCUGUGUGUGUGGCCACCCUAGCUAGAAGAGCAGCGGUGGAGGGAGACUCCCCAGCGUCUCAGCAGGAAGGUGGCUUCCCCACAAGCACCCUGCUUUGUCUAGAGCUUCAAGAGACCUUAGAGGCCUUCUGGACCACCCUCAUUUAUAGGAGGGAGAAGGACAUGAACCAGACUGCCGGAGACACCGAGCUAGCCAGUAUCUGCGACAGGAUUUGGAACCUCAGAUUCCAAAUGCAGCGUCUUCUAGUCAUUGCCUGUUGGAUGCUCAUUAUUGGAACAGCAAAUGGUUACAAGAUGAAAAACAGAAUCCCCAAGAAUCCAGAAGCUAGAAUGAAUCUUAGCCAGACUAUUUCUUACUGGGGCUACCCCAAUGAACAAUAUGACAUUGUGACGGAAGAUGGUUAUAUUCUGGACCUUUACAGGAUUCCUCAUGGGAAAGGAUGUUCAGAAAUCGCUCCCCAUCGUCCCGUUGUGUAUUUGCAACAUGGUUUGUUUGCAUCUGCUUUUAACUGGAUUGCCAACCUGCCCCCAAACAGCCUGGCCUAUGUGCUGGCAGAUGCUGGUUGUGACGUGUGGCUGGGGAACAGCCGGGGGAGCACCUGGUCUCGGAGACACGUGUCCUUGUCUCCAGACUCAGAAGAGUUCUGGGCUUUCAGUUUUGAUGAAAUGGCGAACUACGACCUCCCUGCUACAAUUGAUUUCAUUGUGAAGAAAACCAGGCAGAAGCAGCUGUAUUACCUGGGCCAUUCCCAGGGUACCACCAUUGCUUUUGUAUCAUUCUCCACGAAUCCAAAGCUGUCUCAGAGAAUCAAGAUGUUUUUUGGUUUGGCUCCUGUUGCAUCAGUGAAGCACACUAAAAGUCCUCCGAAAAAACUGUUCCCCUUCCUGGAGUCACUAGUGAAGGUUCUGUUUAACAACAAAGAUAUGUUUUCACAAACCAAGUUUAAACAAUUCCUUGCAACUGACAUAUGUACCCUCCAAAUUUUUCACUGGCUGUGUAAAGACAUAUUCCUUUACAUGUAUGGAUCUGACUAUAGGAACUUAAAUGAGAGUCGCUUGGAUGUCUACAUGGCCAAUUUUCCUGCAGGAGCAUCUGUCCAGAACCUGGUCCACUGGGGGCAGCUCAUCUCUUCAGGGCAGUUGCAAGCAUUUGACUGGAAAAACCCAGCUUUGAACAUGGAGCAUUAUAAUCAGGUCACUCCUCCUUUGUACAAUGUGACAUUGAUGAAAGUACCAACUCUGUUAUGGAGCGGGGGAGAAGAUACAGUGGCUGACCCAUUAGAUGUGGACAGUUGGCUUCCCAAUAUCUCUAACCUCAUUUACCACAAGAGGAUUCCCUACUACAACCACAUGGACUUUUACCUGGGAAUGGAUGCACCUCAGCAAGUUUUCUAUGAACUAGUUAGUAUAAUAAAGAAAAAUAUGCAAACUUAA